AUGUCUUCCACAACCACAAAUAACAAACGGGGACCCACUGCCCUGGCGAGAUCUCCAACUGGUCAAUCAAGAACCAAGGUUAUCACCGUCGACAACGUCCUAGCAUUUGCCUCCGACAUGCCCUCUGCCCAACGCCAUGAUCGCGAGCCUCCCGACCGAAGACCCCUUAUGCAUACACGCACGCCGAGCGGCCGACGUCCGCUCGAACCAAAGUUGACGGGUCGGUUCGUCCCUCAAACCAUCCCGCAGCGGACGUCCAAGGUUUCGGAGAAGCUGGUGCUGCUCCCUGAGACGGGUGAUGUCAUUGCCGAUGACGGCAAAGGCGAUUUUGCCGAGGACGAUCUGUCGCCGCCCUCGGAUGAGCAGCUUCUGCGCAGCCUGCGACCUGGACCUCGCGAUAAAUCUUAUGCCGAACGACUGCCCAAGUCGAGACGGACGGAGAAGGUCGCGCGAGUCACAGCAUACUGCACUGCCCAGGCCUACAACCUGAAGGCAACCGCCGAGUUUGUGAAGGGCAACCAUGGCGCCAGAACGAAACUCUACGGCGACUGUUUAUACUGUGCAUACCAUCUGCCCUUGCUCGGUGGCACGGGUGGAUAUCGGAUCCGCAGCAGUCCUAUCCUCAAAAGUCCCGGCGGGAAAUUUAUGAUUGACGAGGAGAUUGAACGAAACGAGCAAAUCGAGUAUCAUGAAGGGUUCUUUGGUGAUACAGAACGGUUCGGCGCAAGGGAUUACAAUGUUUCCGAGAGUCCUUCAGACGACCAUCGAGAUUCAAGCGGCAUGGAUCAAGGGAAACCUCUGGACACUCCCACCUCCCCCAACCGACCACCAUCGCCCCCAUCGAUCCCAGCAAAUGCAGUUUCGUUUGGCGAAGUGUUCGCUUUCAAUUAUGGAGUGCUCGUGUUCUGGAACUUCAGUGAAAUGCAGGAAAAGAAUAUUCUCGCAGACCUAACUUUCUUCGCCACGGACAGUGGCUUGAACCUCGCGACCCGACCGCAGGACGAAGCUGACUUUGAAAUGGAGGAAUUUCAUUUCGAGUACAACCCAUACAUACCCAACCCGAGGAUAUUCAACGACAUGAUCACAUUGAAGUCGACGGACCAUAUGAUCAAGCUUGCCAUGGCCCAUGCUAUCGCGCAGAGCACCAAGGUUUCGUUCUUCGAAGAGCGAAUGCAGGUAACCAUGAACGAGACCAAGGACAUCCCCAAAAACCUCGCGAUGACGGGAAAGCUGGGCAUGAACAAGAGGCAAGUCAUCAGGAUCAUCGGACGCCUCUUUAACAGCCGGGUCGACGUCAAUCUUGCGUCAAAUGUGCUGGACGUUCCCAACUUCUUCUGGGAAAGCGAGCCAACGUUACAUCCGUUGUAUAGCGCCGUUCGCGAGUACCUUGAGAUCAAACAGCGGAUUCAGGUGCUCAACGAACGGUGCCAGGUGUUCUUAGAUCUCGCAUCCGUUCUCAGUGACACCGUCCGAGACCGGAAGAUGUCCCGAUUAACCUGGAUCGUGAUCAUAUUGAUCUUGGGCUCGCUCGUAGUGACGGUAUUCGAAGUCCUACUUCGGUAUGCGCUCCUCUCGAAGAAACGGAACCUAGCACCACUAGGGCAUUGUCCAGGCAUUGAGCCAUCGGCGGGGAUGCUUGGUCUUCCAAGCACAGCGUCAUUGGGUGAACUCUGA